UUACAAUUGAUGAGCAUUAUCUGUCCGAACAAGGAAGCAUAAAAUUGGAACCAGAUGCUGAAUCUGAGACCAAUAGAUUAUGCUGCAACAUUUGCUCUAAAACAUGCGACGACGUGCUACAGCUAAAUGAACAUUUGCUAAUUCAUUUACAGAAACUGCCGUAUGCAUGCGAUAUUUGCCAUUUAAGAUUCAAGUGGAAAAGUUAUUUAGAGCAACAUCGAAAUAAGCAUACGAAAGAAAAGCGGUACGUCUGCAAGAUUUGUCAACAAGAGUUUCUAUAUGCUACAAGUCUAAGUCUUCAUGCCAUAACCCACUCAAACGAACGUCGUCAUGCAUGUGAUUUCUGCAGUUUGACUUUUAAGAGGCGAUGUGAGCUUCAAACGCACCGAAAUAAACAUACAAAGGAAAAACGUUAUGAUUGUAGACUUUGUCGUAAGAGCUUCUUAUCAUUACAAGGUUUGCGCAGUCAUAAGACGGUGCACUCGAAGGAAAGGCAGUUUCAAUGUAACAUAUGUAAUAAAACAUUCGCUCGUUCAGGAGCUGUAAACAGACAUUUGAAAACACAUUCAGACGAACGUCCUUUUGGUUGCGACAGAUGCAGUAUGAGAUUCAAGUGGAAACAUAAUUUAAAGGGUCAUCAAAAGAUUCAUAAGGACGUGCAGGACAUGGAGUAACGCAUCUUCUAAUUGAAUAUUGAUGACCAUUUGCGGUUUCAGCAGUAAAUGGAAGCGGGAGUAAACAGAUGAAAAUCGGAAAAUAUAUUAUUUAUAUUAUUAUUUAAUUUUUCAACUAUUCCCUGCAACCUUGCCAAGUGCAUACAUCGCAUUUGAUAAGCAUAAGCGGCUAGAACAAAGCGGAGGUGGACAGUUCCAGUAUAUUAUUUAAUAUAGCAUAUAUAAAACUAAA